AUGAAGCAGCAUAUGUGCACAAAGGCUGGUUCUGAGUUUCGGCAGAGUGGAGAUUUUGUUUUGGGUGGACUAUUUGAUAUUCACUACAUCAGCAAAGCCAUAAGUCACCAUAUGCCUGAGUCUACCCAGUGCUCCAGCCACGACCUUAUUGUGCCGAGUUACCGGAGGUUUCAGAUCAUGCGAUUUGCCAUUGAAGAAAUCAACAACUCCUCAACCCUCUUGCCCAAUGUCACUCUGGGAUACGAGAUAUUCGACCACUGCUCCAACACAGACAACUUCCCGAGUGUUUUCAAAUUCAUCUCCCAGGACAGAUGGGUGCAGCCCUGGUACCACCUCAGCAAAGGCCUGUCAGACGUGGCCGCUGUGGUGGGCCCCUUCUCCAGCUCUGACACAACCACCAUCGCCCCUCUGUUCAUGAUGGACUUUGUGCCUUUGAUCAGCUAUGGGGCAGGUAGUUCUGCCUUUUCCGAAAAAGUGAAAUUUCCCUCAUUCAUGCGGACCGUCCAUUCUAAUAGGGAUCUGGUGGAGGUGGUAGUCCAUAUUUUGCUCUAUUUCAAGUGGCACUGGGUGGCUUUCUUAAACACCAAUGAUGCAUAUGGCAAAGACGGCCUGGAGCUCUUUAGGAAGAGAAUAGUAGACACUGGUAUUUGUGUGGCUUACAAUGAAGUGGUCAAUCAUCACACCAACACAUCUAUAAUGAUAAAGCAACUUGAGGCGUAUAAUGUGAACGUUAUUGUUGUUUUUGUGCCUGAAGAAACUGCUGAGUAUUUAAUUGGAGCCUUAAGACAUCUUAACAUGACAAAGAAGGUGUGGCUGGCAGUGGAUGCCUGGUCUUUGAAUAAAAAGCUUCCGAAAAUGCAGGGGAUUAAGAAUGUUGGAACAGUGUUAGGAGUGGCACAGCCAUCAGUGCAUAUACCUGGCUUCAAAGAGUUUGUCUAUUCAACUAAGAAGCAGUGUCAGAGGGACGCUGGAGAGCUGUGCAACCAGCACUGUCCUGAUUGUGGAGACUUGACUCCAGAGGACAUUAUUCGAUCAGACCCGUCCUAUUCUUACAAUGUCUACAUCGCAGUCUAUGCCAUCGCUCAUGCCUUACACAACAUGUUGCAAUGUGGAAGCGGCGAAUGCCAAAAGAAUACAACAGUGCACCACUAUAAGGUUCUAGCAGAGCUGAGGAAGUCCAAUUUCUCCCUUUUACAUGAGCUCAUUCAAUUUGAUACAAAUUCUGACCCAAAGUUUGGGUCCUAUGCCAUUGUAUUCUGGAACUGCAGUGGAGAUGCAGAGGAAAUCGGGUUUUACAGAUUUUACCCAUCUGUCAAUUUCUACAUCGACACAAACAAACUACAGUGGCACACAGGUAAAGAAACACCCAUUUCACGUUGUUCCCUGGACUGCCUCGUGGGAUAUGCCAAAAAACAAGAGGGGAGCCAUAAGUGCUGCUUCAGCUGUCAUAAGUGCCCCAAUGGAACCUACAUAAAUGUCACAGCUGAUGCGUACAGUUGCCAGGCCUGUAGUGCGGCUGAGUGGUCUUCUGACGGCAGUACCUCGUGUAUCCUGCGCACAGUGGAGUUUGUCCCAUUCGAGGAUGCAGUUACCAUAGUGAUCAUGGUUGGAACAGUGAUUUUGGUGGCCCUCUCUCUCCUGACCGCUGUGCUCUUUAGCCUGAACUUCAACACUCCAGUGGUGAGAUCUGCUGGUGGACCCAUGUGCUUCCUGAUUCUAGGCUGCCUCAGUCUCUGCAGCAUCAGUGUCUUCUUCUACUUUGGUACACCCACUUUCGCUUCUUGCAUUUUGAGGUUUUUCCCAUUUUUCAUGUUCUUCUCCGUGUGCCUGGCUUGUUUUGUGGUGCGCUCCUUUCAGAUCGUCUGCAUCUUCAAAAUCGCUGCCAAGUACCCUUCAGUGCAGCGCUGGUGGAUGAAGUAUCACGGGCAGUGGUUGGUUAUAACACUGUCUUUUUUAACCCAGACAGCAUUACUUAUUUUGGGGUACAUCCUGUCUCCACCUGCGCCCUUUAGUGACUACGACUGGGACCAGACUAAGAUCAUUCUCAGUUGUGGUGGAGAUUUUCAAGCCAAUUUUGCUGCUACUAUUUUACUGCUAGUUCUAUGCUGUCUUUGUUUUAUCUUCUCUUACAUGGGAAAGGAUCUACCCAAGAAUUACAAUGAGGCCAAAUCUAUAACUUUCUGUCUACUCCUGAUUGUUCUGACAUGGGUCAUAUUUGCCACACAGUUUAUCCUCUACAAGGGCAAGUACAUUCAAACUCUCAAUGCUAUGGCAGUCCUCUCCAGUCUCUACUCUUUCCUCUUGUGGUAUUUCCUUCCCAAAUGUUACAUCAUUAUUUUUCAGCCCAAGAGAAACACAGCACAAUACUUUCAAGGUCUCAUUCAGAGUUACACCAAAACUAUUAGUCAGUAG